UCCUACUGCGUAAUAAUUUAUGUAACAAAAGUACCUUAAAAUAAACAUGUUAAUUAGAGGGUGAACAAAUCCACCGAUAUGUAUCUCAGCUACAUUGAUUCCAGACAUAACCCGCUCAGCUAAUAAAAUCCAAAAGGAGCAUAGUAAACAAUGUGAAGAUGAAGGGAUUGAUUAUCUGGACCACUUCUCGUUAGAAUCAGUUAAGGAGAGUGAGAUUGGAUAUGUAUAAUGUAUCCAAAGCCCUUGGCUUACAAGCCCUUGCUGAUGUAACGAUAAUGCUUUGCAUCCGUCCUGCUGAAAUAAAAACCUUGCGUAUAUCUAAUGAAGGUGUAACUGGAUAUGCAAAAAAUCGAGGACAACAAGUCAUUCCUCGAGUAUUUAGAUCACUAGAGAAGAAUAAGGAGCAAGCUAGAGAAUUGCUUUUACGAGACUCUAGAAAGCCCGGAGUGUUAUGGUUUAAUACAUUUCUGAAAAAAGAUGAGUUCCUUCCUGAAACUGGCAAACCACUACUUCCUAGUUCUUUGCGCAAAUUAGGGGCAGUAUUUGCAGUCAUUUUGAAUUGUGCGAAGAAUUUAUCAGAGGCUAUGACUAUUGCCAGUGAAGCACUUCACCACAGUCCCGACAACCAUGCCUCUCCUGCAAAAAACUAUACUAUAGUAAAUUAUUGCAAAAGAGGACAACCUCAUGAUCAGGCAAAGGCAAUCAAGAUCUUUGAUGAAAACUAAUCACAUAUACUUAUCGAGUUCUUGCGGAAAGAUCCCAAAUUAAAAUGCAUAGAAGUCGGUGAUGGCUUUUUUACAAGGCUUGAGGAGGAAAAAAUCACUGGUGAUUCAUUUCUCAAGUUAACCGGAUGGGAAUUUAAGGAGUAUGGAAUGACAUUAAGACAAGCAUUAGAACUUGAGAAUUAUAUCAAGGGGCUGGGUGAGUGAUUAAUUUAGCCGGCGCUUUGCAUAACGUUAUGCUGAAAAUUUAAUGAGCCUUGUUCUUACAGACAU